GGAGGCUGGCACUGCUGGAGGGGUUACUUGUGUAUGUACAGCAUUAUGGCCAGAGUGCAUACAGUGCCCAGCACCAUGGAAUCUGACAGCUGGGAGUGACCUUCUGGAUUGAAAAGGAGUUGUUUCUCCAAGCUGCAGUCCACUUGGAUCCAUCCAUAAUGCUUCACUUUGUGCUCACUGCUCUGGUUGUAUGGAGCGGUGCUCUGGGCUGUCAGCUGUCCUCUGAAUGGAGACACCUGAGUGAGGGGUGCAGAGCAGAACUAGCCCAAAUCAUCGUCUAUGCCAAGGUGCUGGCAGUGCACGAGGAGACCCACAGCAACAUAUUCAGCACCAUAUACAACUACCUGCCCUGGCAGUAUGAGACAGGGGGCACCACUUUCUUCUACUCUGCUGAGAUAGAGCUGCUCUGUGACCAGGCUUGGGGCAGCAUGCUGGAGGUACCUGCAGGAUCCAGACUGAAUAUAACUGGCCUGGGAUAUUUUGACUGUCACUCCUAUACUGUAGUGGAAGGUCACUCCUACUUCUUCUUCCUCAGAAUGGAUGAGAAUUACAAUUUGCUCCCGCAUGGAGUGAACUUUCAGGAUGCAAUAUUUGCAGAUACUCAGGACAACUGGAGACUCUUCUCUGGUCUUUUCCAGUACUCCAACUGUUCUCAAGGACAGCAAGUAUUAGAUGAAAUGGAAAGUCUAGAAGACAGCAGGCUUAUGUGCUCAUCUAUACAAAGUGCAUUGUUUGAAGAAGAGGACCGGGUGAAGAAACUUCAGGAGAAAGUAGCGUCACUUGAGACCCGUAACAAACAGUUAAAAGAGCGCAUGAAAAAAGUCAAGAAAUCUUUACGACAAGCAAAAAAGAAUAGCAAGAAUAUGGAAACAAUGAAUCGAAAACUGAAUGAAAAACUGUCUUCUAUGACAGGACAGAAUACACAUGUCAAUUCAUUAAAGCAAAAAAGUUCCCAUUUAACGUAUCUCAAAGUAUGAACCAUUUAUAGAAACUACAUAAUAUUUGUAACACUUGUGUUUUUAGGCCAGAUUUAUCAUGUAAAAAAAUUGUCUGGAACAAGUUGUAACCUUUCUAGCAUAAUUUCCAUUAGAUGGAUAUUCCAGGCAGUUUGGCUGCAUUCUGAAAAUCCUUGUUACUGGGCUCAAAAGAGGAUCACGUAGAAAUAGUAUUCUGAAGGACAACGAUACAAGCACCUCAUAUGUCUCAUGAAGAAUUAUAUUACUUUGAUAGUUAUUGAACUAUGUAAUGCAUGUGUGGAUCUGGAUCAAGGGUUUAAAGGGGUGCUCCACUGGCCACUGUUCGGAACAUUUAGUUCCGAAUGCUGUGUGCACGCUGCGGGGGUCGGCCUCGUGACGUCAGGUCAUGCCCCUCGAUUCAAGUCUAUUGGAGGGGGAGUGAUGGCCGUCACGCCCCCUCCCAUAGACUUGCAUUGAGGAGGCAUGAGGUUAUGAGGGUCGUGGCUGACCCCCGCAGCGUGCACACAGCAUUUGGAACUAAAUGUUCCGAACAGUGGCCAGUAGAGCACCUCUUUAAAUGCUUGAAGGGGUUAUCUAGCUGGCAUUUAUCAACUAUCCACCAGAGAGGUGUUGAAGGGGGAGCUGCAUGGAUCAUAGGUCGUACAAUCACACACAUACAGAUUCAUACAACUCCAUGAGAAGUAUAGAUACAGCAAUGUGGGAUCUCUUGGCGGUCUUUAGAUUUUUGCAUCGAGUUGUACCAGGUAACAGCGGGCAUGCUUAAAUGAGAAAUGAGAAUGCAUUGAUUUUAUGAUAAAUAUCAGAGUUGCUGGGCAGCUCCAAUUUAUUAUGCUUAAACAGUUAAUUUUUUAUGUAUAAAUUUUUUUUUACUUACAGAACAUGUCUCCAUUACUUCAUAGCCAUGCAAAACAGUCAUUACACAUUCAAUAAAAAUGUCAUCUGUUUAUUUUCUACCAAUAAAAAAAUCUUAUAACAUUGUAAAAAUACUAUACUUACCAAAUUUAAUUGUGUCCCCAGAACAGUUGAUGCCUUUUCAAAAGGCUUCAUAGACAUGCACUAAUGGAUUACCUUAUAUCUCAUUGUAAAGUUGUAAUGCUGUAAAACAUUGCAUAGGACAUUGGACAUCUUUACCAUGUGACACUGAUCUUCAGCAUUUUGUGUUUCUUAGUUUGAACGGCACCUAUAAAGGGUAAAGUUAC